UUGUAUGCAUUUUGGUAGGGGCAGGGUUUAUGGCAUCUUGUACUCAUGUUAACCCUCUUUCUCUCGUCAUGGCCUUAUUCACUCUUCUAUUCUUCACUGGCACACCCACUUGUCUUGCAGCUCAAAUAAGGCCCUGACCCACCUCAACUAUUUACCCUUUUUGCCAUUGCCAUAGCAACCAAAACGGGUCGUUGCAUACCCAAGAGUGGCACAAAGCUGGGGAAACUUGUGGGUAUGAUUGUUGCUAUGGGGGUGUCUUCUCAGAGCACCCCUUUUAGACCAAUAUAUUAUUGCCCCUCUUGCUUCUGUUCACGCCCUUUCCGUGUAGCUCUCUCUUCUUGGUCCUUAUUGGCUUCUUCUGAACCACCCCACCACAGAAGAAGAAUCCAAUCCGUCCAGAUUGCCAACAAUGUCCUCCAAAGUACAACAGUGUCUAGUAAUUCUCGACAAUUUAGAGAAGGUUCAUACUGUCUAAAGAGAACAUCUCUGGGGUUGAAUAAAUGCAAUGAAAUGGAAUGUAACCGUAAUUCUCCAGUACAUAUUUCAUUUAUGAAAUUUUCAACAGCAUCAACUAACAUGUUGGAGGACAUGACAGAGGAAGAAGAGCUGAGUUCUUCGCGCUCCUAUGAAAAACAAGUUAGGAUGGGGGGUUAUGCUACUGUGAAUUGCAUAUUGCCCACUCGCAGAACCCAUGCGUAUAAAAAAUCAUCCGGUGGGAAUAAAAUAGGCUGGGUUGAGAAAACUAUUGAUUUGUCUAAAAGAAAAUGGGAGAUACACGCUCUGAACAAGUUUGAGACGGACAAGUGUAGUUCUUAUACAUCUAAUACAAUUGCUUCCAAUGUUCAGGAACAGGCUGUUUCUAAGAAUGGGGAGCACAACCUUGUGCUGCGGGAUCUUGGUGAACCUGCCUCACAUUCUGUUAAAUAUUCUGUGACAAGCAACUCAAAGGUGUUGAUAGACACUGAAAGGGUGGGCACCAGCACCCAGAUAAAUGUAUCUUCAUCAGAGAUCAAUAAAGUGAAAGUUGAUAGAGUUAAUGGCAAUCACAGUUUGGAUACAACUGCAAAGGAUGCAACUAAUGCAACAUAUGUUACAAAGACACGUAGUACUGAUCAAUCAAAAUUCCGGAACAGGCUGUGUAGUAUCUAUGAAGACAUAUUGGUUGUUAAUAAUAUUUCUCUUGCAGAGGAAGUUGCUAAGAUGCUUACAGUAAAUUACAGGCAUCUUAUACAUGCAUGUGAUACCGAGGUGGCCAAGAUAAAUGUCAAACAAGAGACACCUGUAGAUCAUGGGGAGAUAAUAUGUUUCAGUAUUUAUUCGGGUCCAGAAGCUGAUUUUGGAGGGGGAAAGUCCUGUAUCUGGGUAGAUGUCCUUGAUGGUGGAGGCAAAGAGAUUUUAAAUAAGUUUGCUGAUUUUUUUCAAGAUUCGUCCAUCAAAAAGGUCUGGCAUAACUAUAGCUUCGACUGUCAUGUUAUACAGAACUAUGGAUUUAAGGUUUCUGGAUUUCAUGCUGAUACAAUGCACAUGGCACGACUAUGGGAUUCAUCAAGACGAUGGGUUGGUGGUUAUUCUCUUGAAGGACUUACAGGUGACCAAACGGUCAUGUCUAGGGCUAAGCUGGAUCUUGAAAAGGAUUUGAUUGGUAAGGUGUCCAUGGCAACUAUAUUUGGUCAGAAAAAGGUGAAGAUAGAUGGAUCAGAGGGAAAAAUGAUUUCCAUUGCUCCUGUUGAUGUGCUGCAAAGAGACGAACGUAUACCUUGGAUAUGUUACUCUGUCUUAGAUGCUAGAAGCACUCUGAAGCUUUAUGAGAGCCUAAAGAGUCAUCUGUCAGAUAUGCCCUGGACAUUUGAUGGAGUACGUUUUUUAAACAAAAACAUGUAUGAUUUCUACAUGGAAUAUUGGCAGCCAUUUGGCGAGCUUCUAGUCAAAAUGGAAUCUGAGGGAAUGCUAGUUGACCAGUCAUAUCUUCAAGACAUAGAAAAGGUAGCCAAAUCAGAGCAAGAGGUAGCUGUUAGUAGAUUCCGAAAAUGGGCAUGUAGGUAUUGUCCUGAUGCCAAGUACAUGAAUGUGGGAAGCGAUGUACAGUUGCGCAUACUGCUCUUUGGGGGCACUGUGAACAGAAAGAACCACAAUGAGUCAAUUCCAACUGAGCGGAUUUUCAAAAUUCCCAAUGUUGAUAAGGUGAUUGAAGAAGGCAAGAAGGCCCCCACAAAAUUUCGUGAUAUUAAGUUGAAUAGCAUUGGUUGUAAUUUUAAUAUUGAGAUGUACACACCAAGUGGUUGGCCCUCAGUUAGUGGUGAUGCUUUAAAGGCUCUGGCUGGCAAAAUUUCUGCUGAAUAUGACUAUAAUGAGGCUUGUAGCUUAGAUCUUGAUGAUGAAGAUGGAAAUCCUUCUCAAAGUGAAGUUGAACCUGUAGAAAUAAACAAUUCUGCUUACGGAACAGCCUUUACUGCUUUUUCAACAGAGGAAGAAGGGAAAGAAGCUUGCCAUGCAAUUGCUGCUUUAUGUCAAGUCUGUUCAAUUGACUCUUUGAUCUCUAACUUCAUCCUUCCCCUGCAGGGACAUAAUAUAUCAGGAAAGGAUCGCCGUGUUCAUUGUUCCCUAAACAUCAACACAGAGACAGGACGCUUGUCAGCCAGAAGGCCAAAUCUGCAGAAUCAACCUGCUUUGGAAAAGGAUCGGUACAAAAUCCGUCAAGCAUUCAUAGCUGCACCUGGGAAUUCUCUUAUAGUUGCUGAUUAUGGACAGCUGGAACUUAGGAUUCUUGCACAUCUAGCUAAUUGUAAGAGCAUGUUGGAAGCCUUUGAAGCUGGUGGAGACUUUCAUUCAAGAACUGCAAUGAAUAUGUACCCAUAUAUUCGCGAAGCAGUUGAGAAAAAGCAAGUGCUUCUUGAGUGGCAACCUCAGCCUGGUCAAGACAAACCCCCAGUUCCUCUCUUGAAGGAUGCCUUUGGUUCUGAAAGAAGGAAAGCCAAAAUGCUUAACUUCUCAAUUGCAUAUGGAAAGACUCCGGUUGGACUUUCCAAGGAUUGGAAGGUUUCUGUGAAAGAAGCUAGGAGAACGGUUGAGCUUUGGUACAAUGAUAGAAAAGAAGUGUUGAAAUGGCAAGAGGAGCGUAAAAGAGAAGCUUAUGAAUCUCAAUGUGUUUACACAUUGCUAGGGCGAGCACGGCGGUUUCCUUCAAUGAACCAAGCUAACAACUACCACAGAGGUCACAUUGAGCGAGCUGCUAUUAAUACUCCAGUGCAGGGUAGUGCAGCAGAUGUUGCCAUGUGUGCCAUGUUACAAAUAUCCAAUAAUGAACAGUUGAGGGAGCUUGGAUGGAAGUUACUUCUACAGGUUCAUGAUGAAGUCAUACUGGAAGGGCCAACAGAGUCGGCUGAGGUUGCAAAGGCCAUAGUUGUAGAGUGCAUGUCAAAACCCUUUAAUGGCAAGAAUAUUCUUAAAGUCGGCCUCUCCGUGGAUGCCAAGUGUGCUCAAAACUGGUACGCCGCGAAAUAGAUAUUUGGUCAUAAAGUAUGAAAGCCAGUGAAUUGGUGUGGUGGGUUAGCACUGCACCAUUUGUUUCAUACAAAGGCCAUGGCUGGAUUUGGGGGAGAUGUUUUCUCAUUCAGAUGGUAUUGGCUGCAUGGUUCCUUUGGUGAUUGUAAUCAAAAGAGAGGGUGCUACCUGAGUGCUUCUAUUCCCAUGGAAGAAGUAAUGCCUUAGGUAUCAUCUCCUUGAUUUAUAGUGUCUUUGACAUCCUGGAGUGGUUCCAUUGUGAUGUUUUGGUCAGCAUACCAUUUUCUUAACUUAGAAGGAAGAAGCAAUGGGCCAAAAUCACUGGUGUCAGCAUUUGACUGCUUUCCUUAGCUGUUCUUCUCCCUUGUUUUUAAUGUAUACAUAUAUGUCAUGCCUUGCAUCAAGUACCAAUCUUGGCUUGAUGCAACUGUAUUCAUUUUUUGUAUUGUUGUAUAUAAAAUGAAAUUUGCUGACUUUUUAUCUCAUUUGACAAGGUAUGUUCACGAUGGUAUUUCAUGUACAACAAUGCAGUA